AAAAGAUGAAACUGCGGAUGAUUCAAAAUCAACAUGACGACCAAAACUGAACCUCAAAAUAACCACCGUUUGGACAGAAGGGAGACCAAUUGCAGUGUGCUCUUCAAUCACGAAAAGCCAAACGCAAACCAGCCUGUGAUCUUUAACCCGGACUUCUUUGUGGAAAGGUUAAGACAUGAACAUCCACAGGCCUUCACUGAUCUGGUGCUUAGUAAUAUCACUCGACUCAUCGAUCUGCCAGGGGAUGAAUUUGCCCAGCUGACUGGAGAGUUGGAGCCAAGAGUGCCCUCCUCCAGCGGCUUUCUGCGCUCCUUCAACUUCCUUAAACGGAAAGAAAAAGGAAUUGUUUUUGGAGCACCAUUGACUGAAGAAGGAAUAGCUCAGAUCUAUCAGCUCAUAGAAUACCUACAUAAAAACCUUCAUGUGGAGGGGUUGUUCCGUGUGCCGGGCCACAGCUUGAGGCAGGCGGCCCUAAGGGAAAUGCUGAAUGCAGGGACUGAGAUAGAUCUGGAGACAGGCGACUUCCACCCCAAUGAUGCAGCCACAUUGCUCAAAGCCUACCUGGGAGAGCUGCCAGAGCCUCUGCUUACGCACAGACACUAUCAAGCUCACCUGAAGAUUGGAGAGUUGACUUACUUUGAUGAUAAGGGGGAAAAAACGGACAUGCCUGAUAAAGAGCGCCAGAUUGAGGCCUUUCAGCUGCUUUUCAUGCUGCUCCCGGCAGCCAAUCGCAGCCUGUUAAAGCUUCUGCUGGACCUAUUACACCACACCGCUCGCAAUCAGCACGUCAACAAGAUGUCUGCUAUUAACUUAGCCACAAUGUUUGCUCCACACAUCAUCUGGCCCAAAAAUGUGAUGACAAGUGAUCUUCAGGGAAGCCUAGAGAAAUUAAAUAACGGCAUAGCAUUCCUCAUCAGGCACUCCCAAAAACUGUUCAAGGCUCCUGUAUAUAUGAAAGAAUAUGCUCGCUUAUACUUCACCGGAUCAAAAACUCUCAAGUCAAGCGACGACUCCACUCUUUGCUCUGGGACCAGAGAUGGCCCUCUGGAUGUGAUAACAGCAGAAGUCUCUCCUCCCUCCAUGAAAACAGUCCCGGAUGAGACCAGCAGCCCCUGCAGCGCCAAGACGUCCAAGACUUAUACCGAAUCUGCCCUGCGAGAGCUCUACCAGCAGGUCAACAACAUGCCAGAAUCGGCCAAGAAGAAGAAGCUUAUCAGACAGUUUGAAAAGCAGCCCAUGAUGACGCCUCCAGCAGACUCCCGGACGCCUUUCAUCAGGAGACACUGGCGUUCGCGCUCUUUGGGGGGAAUUAUUAAGCGGAAGGUGUUGGGAAGCCAAAUCUUAACAGAGAAAGAAAACGGCACACCACAGAGACUCCCAUCCAGCUCCUGAACUGGUGGAAGAGAACACACCAGCUGGAGGGCGAUUGAACUGUCUUUGAAAGAUUUUGCUUCUUAAACCGUGAAACCACCAGUUGGGCUUUCUUUUUGGGAUCUUUUUAGAAUCAUCUGGAGCAGAUGCCUCGUAUUCCUCAGAAGUUCAUCUCCUCUGUUUGUUUUUUUUUAGGAGGGAUACUUUAAUGCCUUUUGCAGUUUAUUAGUUAGGCAGCACAUUUCUGCUGUUUGAGGAUACCAGAGGCUGCUGCCAUGCUUGAAUAUAGGUCAGUUUAGGUUUCGUGUCCACUUUAAUGCCAGAUGCAGUUAAUACGAGUAACCAAAAGAGAAAUUUGGAAUCUUUAGUUUGAACAUUUACGCUGAAACAUGUUUAUUUAACUAUGAAUUGUAAUUGUAUUUAUUUGUUUAUCAGUCAUUUGGACAAGCCUUUGAACCAUUCCCAUCACAUUUAGUGACAACUGUGACGUACAGGUUUUUUUCCUAAUCUUCAUUUGCUUUUAAGAGUUGGGCGUUACAUAGGAAUUCGAGAGCAAGCCAACAUAGUCAGGUCAGACAUGUGCCUUAAAGUCAACAUAUCUUAAGUUAUUGUGAAAUGUAGUUUGUAUUUGCGAAUUUUUUUUUAAUUUUCACUUUUGCUUUUAUUAUUAAGAGUUCCUCCACCCAUGGUUAAAUGGGCAGUAAAUACUGAGGGGAAAAAACAAAGACCUGCUUGUGCAUUUCAUGUAUUUUGUUGUCUUUUUUUAAAUUUCCCCCUUUGCACAAAGCCUACAAGAAUAAUAUUCUUUAUGCUACUGUGAAAACUAUGUGAACUUAUGGGAGCCUUAUAUGUAGUCUUUUCUCAGGCCAGAUUUGAUUCUUAUGCAACACUGUAUAUAGUCUUUUUGGCUUUACGCCUUCUAUGGUUUUCUUUUCUUUUUAUAUAACUUUUGCUAGUUUUUAUUUUUUUAUUUUUUUAAGUUUUAGUGGCUGGUUAAAUUCCAAAGAGGAUUGCUUUAUUUUAUGUUGGAGACAUUCUGAGAAAUUUAGCUUUUACCACUUUUAAAGCCACCUUGGGACUUGAUGUAUGUAAAACUGUUACAGUUUGAUUCUAAUGUGACACUUCCUGUGUAGUGUACUGAUAUAAACAUGAUACUGGUGCUACUGUGAAGCUAUGCAACUUACUGUAAUUAAAAGACAUCAGACCAUGUUCUGUAACA